AUGGCCAAGCUUACCGACUACAAAGUCCUCACCUUCGACUGCUUCGGCACGAUAGUCGAUUGGGAAGCUGGCGUCUUGGCUGGAAUCCAACCAUUCCUUGCCUCACACAAUGCAGCCGACUCGUUCUCUCGAGAGAAGCUUCUGACAGUCUACCAUGAGGCCGAGGCUGCUCAGCAAGCAGCCACCCCAGACCUGACCUACGAUGCCCUAAUUGCCAAGAUCCUCCCUCAGAUCGCCACAAAACUCGGUCUCCCCCAGCCUACAGACGAGCAGUCAAUUGCCUAUGGCAAGACUGUAGGCGAGUGGCCCGCUUUCCCAGACUCCGUCGACGCCCUGCGCCGUCUCUCGAAGCACUUCAAGCUCGUCAUUCUUUCCAACGUGGACCGCGCCUCUUUCUCCAGAACCAAUUCUGGCCCUCUGCAGGGCGUUCCCUUUGAUUUGAUCAUCACUGCCCAGGACGUCGGUAGCUACAAGCCCGACCUGCGCAACUUCGAGUACAUGUUUGAACAGGUCAAGAGCAAGCUCAGCUUCGAGAAGAACCAGAUUAUACAGACCGCGCAGAGCCAGUUCCACGACCACCAGCCCGCGAAGAAGAUGGGCAUCAAGUCGAGCUGGAUUGUGCGCCCUGGUGCGGUGAUGGGUAACCGCGCGGAUGAGAUUUAUGACUGGAAGUUCGAUACGCUUGGCCAGAUGGCGGAUGCUCUCGAGGCUGAGACGUGA